CGCACCUUCCAGACCCUUCCUUUCCCCUUUCUCGAGCCCUCGCUCGUCCCCUUUCCUCCCCCUUCUUCCCCCUUUUCCCCUCGACUUCGAGGGUUUUUCUUUUCUUUUUCUUUUUUUUCUCUUUUUUUUUCUUUGUAAGCCCUAACCUUCGCCCCUUGGAUUCGAUCGGAUUCGAGCCGUUGCCGUCCUCCGGAAGAACCCUAGGGCGAGGAAAAAUGCAGCCGCAAAGGCUCAAGCAGCAGCAGGCCUUGAUGCAGCAAGCUCUUCUCCAGCAGCAGCAGCAGCAGCAGUCCCUUUAUCACCACCCGGGCCUCUUGGCUGCCCCUCAGAUAGAGCCAAUCCUAAGUGGAAAUCUGCCUCCUGGAUUUGAUCCAAGUACAUGCCGCAGUGUGUAUGUUGGCAAUAUUCACCUUCAAGUCACCGAAGCACUUCUCCAAGAGGUUUUCCAGAGCACUGGUCCGGUUGAAGGAUGCAAGCUCAUUAGGAAAGAAAAGUCAUCCUUUGGCUUUGUUGACUACUAUGACCGACGAUCUGCUGCACUUGCAAUUGUAACACUCAAUGGGAGGCAGCUGUUUGGGCAACCUAUUAAAGUUAAUUGGGCAUAUGCCAGUGGUCAAAGAGAGGACACAUCAGGGCAUUAUAACAUCUUUGUUGGUGACCUUAGCCCUGAAGUCACAGAUUCAACCCUAUUUGCAUGCUUCUCUGUAUAUCCCAGCUGCUCAGAUGCUAGGGUUAUGUGGGACCAAAAGACUGGCCGCUCAAGAGGGUUUGGUUUUGUUUCUUUCCGAAAUCAACAGGAUGCACAAAGUGCCAUAAAUGAUUUAACUGGUAAGUGGCUUGGCAGUCGGCAGAUCCGUUGCAACUGGGCUACAAAGGGAGCUAAUUCUAAUGAGGACAAACAAAAUUUGGAUUCUAAGAGUGUGGUGGAACUAACAAAUGGAUCAGGGGAAGAUGGUCAAGAGAAUACAUAUGAGGAUGGUCCAGAGAAUAACCCACAAUACACAACUGUCUAUGUGGGCAACCUUGCACAUGAGGUUUCACAACUUGAUCUCCACCGCCUUUUCCAUGCCCUUGAUGCUGGAGUGAUUGAAGAGGUUCGAAUACAACGGGAUAAAGGUUUUGGUUUUGUGAGAUACAGUAACCAUGCGGAAGCUGCCCUGGCUAUUCAGAUGGGAAAUGGACGAAUUCUUGCUGGAAAGCCAAUCAAGCCGUUUUUGGUUCCUUUUGGAGGUCAGGAAGCACUUGCCGUUCUAAGACUGGUUGAUACAUGCCCGAUUCAUGAUAAUAGUGUUCAUGGGGCAGCAAACCCACUCCACCCGGGACGGUCUCAAAUCCGUUGCCCCCUCCUGCAGCAGCUCCCUUCCCUGGAAUCUCAGCAACCGACCUCUUGGUCUAUGAGCGUUCCCUGGCAUUGAGUAAGAUGGGUUCCAGCCAGGCAUUGAUGCAUGCCCAGGGUCAGCAUGCCCUGAAGCAAGCUGCAAUGGGAAUGGGUGCUGGAGCUAGCCAGGCGAUCUAUGAUGGCGGGUUCCAGAACGUUAGUGCAGCACAACAGCUCAUGUAUUACUAGUUAUCGUUCGAUUCUCCCCACUAGGCUUAUGUUGCCCCUGGGUAUCUUCAAGUUACUUUGUUUUUUUUUGCUUGUCUGCUGCUUUCUACUUUCUUCCAUACCUUAAAAUCUUCUAUUAUGUCUUUAUUUGGUUGUGCUGUUCCCCCUGCAUGCUUUUGUGAUUGUACGGAUAUAUUUUAAUGUAGACAUAUAUGUGGAGUGCUUGUAGGGAUGAUAAAAAUUAAUCGGGGAACUCUUGUUUUAUCAUUUCUCCUUUGCUUAUUUGGUUUUUGUUUCUUGAACCCUGAGGGGUUCAAUGUCCUUGUCUUUUAGUUUGCUGGUACAAGAUUACCUUUUU